AGGAGGGGGCGGAGUGAAGCGAACGGAAGCAGAAACGCGCUCUCUCUCUCAGACUUCUGAGGGGGUAAUACGUUCGUCAGGUGUGCGCGCCUGCACGCACCCCUAGAUGAGGAAGCGCGAAUGCGCGUCACCCUCUCACUAAGGCUGCGUGUGUUAUCUGCCUAUCAUACUCAUACUAUAGCAUCUCGAGCUUGGAGAUUGAACGCGAGCCCAGAAGAUGGCGGACUGCGACCAGGAGCAGGACGCGCAGCGCACCGUCUUCGUGUUCGAUUGCCGCUGGGAGAGCGACGAUGGGCGCGAGCGGAGCGCGAGAGCAGUGCGCAUUGGCGACCUGGACUUUCCCGCCUUUCUCCGGGCCGUGACGCAGGAGUUUUCCAUUGACAGCGAGGGAACGUUUGUGUUGACGACGACUGACAGGAAGGAAAUCACCGCUGAGCGAUUCGCGGAACUCAAGGAUGGGAACACUCUGCACCUGCUGCAGUCCGUCGAUCAGGUGCUGCCCACAGCGACCAAGGAGCGCAUCCUUUUCCUGCCACAUUAUGACACGCUCAUUAAAAGUGGCAUGUAUGAGUACUAUGCCAGUGAAGGCCAGAAGUCUCUGCCUUACGCAUUAGCAGAACUGAUCGACAACUCGCUGUCGGCAACGGCCAGCAACCCCGAUGUGAGGACUAUAGAGAUCAGACUGCUCUUUGACGAGUCGCAGGGCAAGCCUGCAGUGGUUGUCCUGGACAACGGCUGUGGCAUGACGUCCAAGCAGCUCAACAACUGGGCUGUCUACAGGCUCUCCAAGUUUACGCGAGAAAACAGUACAUUCAGAAGCGAUCACGCAGACUACGUGCGGCCGUGCCCGGUGCCUCGCAGUCUCAACAGCGACAUCUCCUACUUUGGAGUCGGGGGCAAGCAGGCGGUCUUCUUCAUCGGACAAUCUGUCAGGAUGAUUACAAAACCGGCCAGUUCACCCGACGUCCACGAACUGGUGCUGUCCAAGGAAGAGUUUGAAAGGAAAGAGAAGAAUAAGGAAGAUAUUUACUGUGGGUUUAUUCGAAACAGACAGCCAGGCGACUCCUCCCACAUAAGCAUGGAGGAAGAGCGCUUCCUGCACGGCUUCAUUCGCGAGGAGCUGCUGAAGGAGCACUUCACCGCUGUGGUGGUUACCGGAGUCCAACAGGAGCACAUUGCCUUCCUCAGGAGUGACUUCUACACAUGGACCAGGGAGCUGGCGCAUGUGUAUCAUUAUUAUAUUCAUGGUGCCCAUGGAAAUGAUAGGAAGUCAACUUACCAUGACCCCAAAAUGACCAAAAUCAAUAUUCAGGUCUGCCUGAUGGAGAGAUCCAAAUUGCCACGGAUGCUGAACCUUAGAGAGGUGACUGACGACAUGCAGACGCUGUACAUAAACAGCGCGGUCGAUACAUUUGAGUUCAGAGCCCAUGUGGGCGGAGACGGUGUUGUCGAGGGCACCAUCAGAUAUCAUCCAUUCCUUUAUGACAGGGAGACGUACCCCGAGGACCCGUACGUCAUAACCACCAUGCCGGCAGAUGAUGACGACGAGUGCGUUGUCGUCAGUCAUGAAGGCCGCGGCAAGAGGCCCGUAUUUGAGUGCUAUUGGAACGGCCGGUUGAUACCUUACACAACCAUAUCAGAGUUCGAGUGGUGUGCCUGGCCCAAGAAGAGCUGCCCGUUGCCUGUCGAGUGUUUCAGCAGGAUCUCUGGGGUCCUGUUUGCCAACGACCACUUCCAGGUCAGCACCAAUAAGCUCACUUUUAUGGACCUGGAGCUGCAGCUGAAGGACAAGGAGACCAUUUUCACCAGGGUGGUCAAUGGCCAGGAGCAGCGCGUGAAGAUCCAGAAGGAGUUCUUCCAGUGGCUUAAGGACUGCCAUGAGAAGUGGGACAAGCAAGUGAAGUUCAUGUACUUCCAGGGAACCACCGUGCGCACAGACGUUGUCACCAAGAAGAUGCAGUCGCCGUGGGCGCAAUUCACCACCAUCGAGUGGGACGGCAAGAUGUACAGUGCUGGCCAGUAUGUGAAAUCGAUAAAAACCCACCCCAUUUUCUAUGGGUCCAUUGUCCAGUUCCUACUCUACGGUGACCAUGAAGGAGAUGUCUAUGCCACUGGUGGACAAGUCCAGAUCGCUAUGGAACCCAGGGCAAUCUUCGAUGAAGUCCGAAUCAUACCGAUUUCAAAAAUAGAUAGGGGGGUGUCUCUGGCAUCUAUAAAGAGCUACAUGGAUUGCGAACUGGCCAAGCUUCCGCACAAGCUCAACGUAACCUGGCCAGAGGGGAACGAAUGGAACCCAGAUGCUGUACGUCCAGCUGGGACCCCAUUUGGCCCGAUUCAGGUCGAGAUUCUGAAUAAGAAAGGAGAGCCAAUGAUGCGAAUGCCUGGACCCAAUUCCAGUGCGUCAAAGAAGCUCCUGGUCGAACUGAAGGUGGUCUGGCACUCUCCCAAAGGUGAUGUGGAGACCAACUGUCAUACCUGUCAGCAUGGUGGGAAAUGGCCGUACUGGUUUAAAACGAUGGAGAACCUGAGCAACCUGGGAAAGUACACCCUGCGCCUGCAGGCUGUGCUGAACGAGAAUGGCGCCACCGAGUUCGCAGGCCGUCGACUGCCCUCCCAGACCCUUCACUUCUCUAUAUGUGAGGGUGCUGCUGAGAAGUUUGUGGUGGAUGCAGUUGACGCUCCUGUACACGUUGGGGUGCCUUUCAGCAUCACUCUGCAAUUCCGCGAUAGGUAUGACCACAUCACCCAGCCCCCCUCUGUCCUCCAACCCCGAUUGGAAUGCAGUGCCUUCGAUAUCAGUUAUGAUGAGACAGUGGUCAGUGGGACCAGUUUCACAAUCAAAGGCAUUAGGGCCAAAGGACUGCUGAAGCACUACCCAGGGAAGGCCUACAGUGUGAAGGUUGUCAUACCAGGAUUAAAACAGGAAACUCAGAUGCUGAAAAAAAGUGUCUUCCCAGGGCCUCCGCAUUCCCUGGUUGUCAAGCCUGAUGUUGAGGAAACAGUAGUGGAGAACGGGACAUCGGCCAAGUUUGACGUGAAGGUCCAUGAUGAGGCAGGGAACGUGGCAAUUCAGCCCAAGCUCAUUGUGCGCUGCCAGUUCCAAGGUGCCCCUGACCUGCCCAUGGAUGCAGUUGACUGCAGCAACACAGGGACAGGACUCUUCACAGACAAGCCGCUGUGGUUGAAGAACCUGAGGGCAGAUCAGGUCGUGACAGCAAAGUUUGACAUACCUAGCUGCACAGCAGUGGCGCCAGUGGAACGGAAGAUAAGGGUCACCCCCAGUGGUCGAGUGGCCAGGCUGGAGGUCUUCAGUCAACAAGAGGACGGCAUCAUCGCACUAAAGGACGGGGAGAAGAUUGGUUGGACCGCAGGGGACAUCCUGCAAAACCUGUACUAUCGCGUAUUCGACGAGGCUGACCGCCCAGUGCCCAUCACCACUGCCCUGGGGAAGAAAAUCAAGGUGAACUGGAAAGCAAGCAGUAAGGAACUAGAGAAGGGGAAGCUGCCAGAUGUCCCUGUCCCUACAGUGGUGAAGGAUGAACACUAUUACAGUGUGACCUACCAGGAUGGGAAUGUGUCUGUGGCAUGCUCCUUCACCAUUAUGCCGCACCCAGACGAACCGAAGCGCAUGAAGGCUACCUGGAAAUCCAUCACGUCCGUGCAGAUGAGCGAAGAGCUUCCCGGGGACAUCUUGUUGGACAUCGUGGAUCAGUAUGGCAACAAGACUCAAACGUUGACAUCUGCUUGUGUGAACUCUCUUGGAGUGUCUGCAGAUGGUCUGGAUAAAUCGGCUUUGAAAAUCUCAUGGGAAGAGUGCACGCAGUCCAUCAUCAUCCGGGGAGUCCGCUUCCUUCCCGGAGAACCAGGCCCUCGGGAGCUGUGCCUGGCAUGGAGGGAGUUCGUUGAGUGCUUGCGCAUUAAUGUGAGCCCAGGCCCUCCAAAGAAGGUUCAACUUGUGGAUGCACCUGAGGAGCCAUUGCAGGUUUUUAAUGGGAGGGACCUAGAGAAGCCACUGGUGGUUCAGCUGUGUGACGAAUGGGGAAAUCCCUCCCCUGACCCAAAGGCCACCAUAUCCCUGAAGCCCUCCACACCAGACCUGAAGAUUAAACUGUCAGCUGCAUCACAGUCAGUUGAUGCAGAGGGAAAAGCAAGUUUCAUUGUGAAACAAGUGACAGCAGCAAAUGGGGACUAUGGACUGGAGUUCAAAGGCACCCUAAACCGCCAGCCCAUUCCGGGGCCAGUGGUAAAAGUGAAGGUACUCCCAGACCCCAACAAACCCAUCAAGCUUGCUGUGAGCUAUGAUUCAGAAGCCGUGCAUCCUGCUGGAGGGGUCCUCACCGUGUUUUCUGUGACGGUGGUGUCUGAGGAGGGCAGCAACAUAAGGAACCUGAACCCUGCAUCCAUGUCCAUGAUGUUGUGGAAGGGCGAAGGGUCAGGGAACAAACCACCCGGGGGGGCUGAAACGCUGAAGUGCAGUAAACCCAAGGAAACUGAGAGGGAUGAUACUUUCUACUUCCGAGACAAAAUCAUCCCAGAACAUGUGGGAAACUACAAAAUUCAGUUUUUUUUCUGUUUGGACAAAACGAAAGGGCUUUGGAGUGAUCAGUUUGUCAUAAACGUGGUGCCCAACGUUCCAGAGAAAUUAAUGCCAGAUUCCCAGCCCCCUACCCCAGUGGUUUCUAACAUACUCUCCGUUGAGAGUCGGACCCUCUUUAAGAGCCUGACCCUUGUAAUCAUGGACAAGUACAAAAACCCAGCAGGCACCCACCUGGAUGGCACGGUGGUGGUCUCUAUCAGGGGCUCCAGCGAGGAGGAUGUGGAGCUGCCUGUGUUCGAAGGGAAUGCCAAGACCGUGUCGUUUGCCCUCUCUGGUGGCAAGGCUGAGGUCACGAACCUGACUAUCAUGGAGAACUGCCCAGGUACAGACGGCAUGGAGUACUCUCUCCACUUCCAGCCCGUGGUACCUGAAGACAACAACCCACUCAAGCCUUUUGAGCUCCCUUUCAUGUUUUACAAUGAUUCUAAAAAUCAAGAACAAAUGGCAGUUUUGACCAAAAAGAAGGACCGACUCUCACAGUCCAUCAUGGCUUACAAAAGUGUGUUUGAUACCAAUAAGCAGUUGAUCUCUGAGCUAAAAGACCAGCUACAGAAUGCUUCCAGCAAGGAGCUGUAUCUGAAAUCUGAAAUUAGGAAGAGUAAUAUGAAUGUGGCACAACUGUCUACUGUCGACGCCAUCGAUGCUCUCAUUGUGCAGAAGAAGACAGAACAGGAGAAUAUCCUGAAGCAGCCCAGGCGGACCUGCUCCAUCCCUGUUCUAUCCCAUGUUUUCAGGACCAACCCAGAUGUGCUCGGAAAGGUGGCCCACUUGGCCUUGGUUGAAGACAACGAUGCUGCCCAGGUAAUUUCCUGGCAUCUGUCUGGGGACAUGGACUGUGUAGUGACCCGAAACACCGCGGCUGCCCGGCAGAUCUACGACUACACCCAGGGCAGGCAGCAGGUGAUGCCCCUGGACUCGGUCUUGUGGAGGAACAACAGGCCACUGCCCCACAUAAAAGGGCCAAGCAGUUUCCCGGCUAUCGGAAACCCCGUGUUCGCCCGUGACCUGCUCAUUUUUCCCCAUCAUGUUGAAAGCUGUCAUACAGUCUUCGGCAAUCUUCUGGGAGAUACUAUUCUAAUAGACAACCUGGAUGCUGCAAACCACUACCGAAAGGCGGUCAUACAGAACAAAGUGCAGUGUCCCACACUACUGACGAGGCAAGGUGAGCGAGUGCGCAGUAACGGGAAGUUUGGGGGUCUUCAAAACAAGGCCCCGCCCAUCGAAAAGUUGCGUGGUCAAGUAUUCGGCGCUCCACUCCCAAAACAGUACCAUACCCUCCGCAGUCAAAUAGAUCAUCUGCAGCAGUACCGUCUGGCAGUGUCCGAGCGUAUGAAGGUGCAGAAGGACUAUGAUGUCCACCAGGCUAAAAUGCAUUCGCCUGAGAUGUUGCAGAAUGAGAAGGAGAUGAUGGAACAAGAGAAGCAGCUGAUGGAAAUAGAGAAAAAACUUGGUACACCACAAAACAAUAGAAUGUCCAGUGAUUCUGGGAUGAAACGGUCAGCACCAGUGCCACCUUCUGAAAUAACCCCAAAACGGCCGCGCCGUGAGAUGAGAUCAUUAAUCUCGGAAGCUUCUAACAACAUGGAAAAAAGAAGAAAAACAUCUUAAUCUUUUUUGUUUUUCUGUUUUCAUUUUAUUACUUUUCUGUGAGGCCUGCAAUGUUAAUUGCUGUAAAUUUUAUUUUCCAAA